AUGGCCAAGUCUGCAAAGCGAUCCGGAAAAGCCAAGGGCUCGACAACGCCUUCCUCUUCAUCUGGAACCUCGACUCCUAGCUCCCAGGCGGGCCCUCUUCCUCCGUUCGCCAAAGCUCCCGAGACACUCCAGCCCUUUCUCCAAACCUUCGCCCCCGACGAAGUCUACCUGAUCCAUAUCGACCGCACCCCGCAAGACAUCAAGAAACAGGCAUUCAAUGUGCCCGUCAUAAUCAACAUUGUAAUCACAGUGGUGAUAGCCGCCCGAGUCUACAUGGUCCGGAAUCUGUACCCAGCUAUGCUAGCGACGGUGCUUGGUUUCGUGAGCCCCGCGACGGUAGAUACCAUCUCGACGCCUUGGCAGGAGCAGGCGGUGACAGUCCUGAUCCGCACCGCCAACGUGAUGCUGGACUAUUUUCUGGUGACGAUUUUCCUCUCCUGGCCCAUCCGCUUCAUCGAGGGUCCCGUCAUGUGGCGCCGGAACGUUGGCUUCCGGGACCGCGAGAUUAUUAUCCGACGCAGCCGACCGAGCCUGAGCGAGGGACUGGAGCGCAAUCGCUGGAUCCGCGAAGACGAGGCGACGCGGGAUAAGAUCGUGGCGGCCGUCACGCCGGACCGGAUCAAGAAGACCGGCUACCUGCUCGUGGACGCCGACUGGGAUCUCGAUUACGACGCCAUGGUCCGGGCGCAUGAGCUUGUCGACCGCAGCCGGACGGGCAAUGGCAUUCCCUUGGACGAGUUCCGCACCGCGGUGGUCGUUAACACCGACGCCGAUGGUUGGCUGAUGUGGCACGUUGGAGACGAGGAUACCGCGGAAGGACGGGCGCGGUCAGCCCAACGGGACCAGAUCUUGGCCUUCAAGGAUAAGCUGACGGCCAUGGGCAAGGAGGACCUUUUCUUCCGAUGGGUCGAGCUGAUCCAGUACGAGAGCACCCGGCCCGGGGGCUUCACGCCGGAAAGACAAAAGUCCGCCAUGGUGCAGGCAAAGCAACUGUUUGAGAACGAGGGGGUAGACUUUGCGCGCUUCUGGCAGGAAGUUGGGGGUCUGGAAGGGUUCAUUGAAGAGCUGGAUUGA